AUGAAUCGUAAGUACAAUAAUCGCAACCAAAAAAAUAAUGCUGGAGGUAACCGGGAACAGAAAGGACAUGAUAGAAGAGAAAAAAAGUGGAAAAGCAAUGAGACGCGUAGUUCUAGUAUUAUAAUGGACUCUUCAAUUGCUUCAGAUCCAGAUGAAGCUGCAAGACGCGCAAGUCGCGCUCAACGUUUUAGUGAAUUCUUAGAACCUCAGCAAUUGGUUGGGACAAAAGUUGAUGCAAAAAUUGGUGGCGAUGUUAAAAGACCUUCGGUUUGGAGUGGAGUAAAUUCUAUCACCUCUUCAAAAAAGUUCGAUGAAGAUCCAUCUUAUACAAUGGAAGAUGUUGAAUGGUUUUUGGGAGCAUUAUGGUACGCUUGGAAAGUAUCAAAGCUUAUUUCAAAUUCUCCCGCAAUUCCUGGGCGAAGGAAACGAGCUCAAGAUUUUUUUAUCGAUAGUUCUCCUCCGGUUUGUUUAUUUGAUUUAAGGUGUGGUAAACAUUUGGAAUCUGUAGAUGAUAAACUAGAUUCAGUAGACGAAGAAAUAGACAAUCAGCUAAGUUCGCUGAUUGAUGAGAUGAGUUUGAGUGCUAAGACUGAUUAA